AGUUUGUUUUAACAGGACUUGAGGGGAUAACUGAUACGCUGUUAAAAAAAAAAAAAAUUCUUACUGCAUUCAGCUUACUUCCACCUUUGACCUAAUCUAUAUGCAGGCAGUAAUCAAAUAUCUUGUUUAGGGCUUUGAAUAUUGGUGACUUCUAUGAUAAUACUGUAAAUAUUUCUGGUUAAUUGCUGUGUUAAAGGGUAAAUAUCCAAUUUGGCAGAUUCUUUUGAAUACCAAUACUGUGAAUAAUACAGCUCUGAACUAUAGAAUACCUCCAUAGAGAUUUCUGUGUUUCCCAGGAAAGCACUUGGUGUAACUGAGUGUGCAAAUCUCACCCAAUAGAUGUCUCUGUAGGGGUGGGAAGAGAGGCUCAGCCCAUUGACUGGUUCUGGAAGUCAGCAGUGUCCUCCCUACUUGUCUGCGAUAGUAUCUUUCCCAAAAAUUCCUCCUCCCCUUUUUUUAUACUAUUUUCUUGCUUUCAGGUGGAGCUUGAGUGACUAAUAUUACUUAUCUUUGUUGCAAUUGGUGCAACAGAAAACUGAAAAACUGCUAACUCAGUUUGACCGCUACGCAGUUAUUUGUUCCAUAGUACCACCAAGUUCCCAUCCCUAUGCUUAGGGAACUGUCAUGGAAUACACUCCAUGCAUAUUUACUGCAUUCCACCCUGGAGGUGUCCACAAUGCUUUUCUUCUUUUGAGAGGCGAAUAUCCCAAUAAGCGACUUCCAGUAAUUACUCCACAUAAGUGAUCCUGUGACUACAGUUGCUCAAGACCCACAAUAUUUAGGAGGAACUGAGAGGGUGUGUGCAGCCUUGUUAUGAGGAUUAGAGUUCAAGGGGCUCUGGGGCUUUCACUAUUUAUUUAUAGGGUAAGAUGAUUGGCACAGUCAUAGUAUGUGGCAGAACUGUGUUAUCAGCCCUGAACACAGCCAUGGGUGUAACAUCCAGGCCAAAGGAUGAGGUUGGGGGUGAGGGGAGCACGCUCUCAGAUUGCUGUAUAAUUUUAUUUUUUAUCUUUUUAUUUUUUAUUUUUUGUGAAAGAGAGUAUUGGUAGGAAGAGGUUCUGUUUUAAAAUCAGUGCUGAGUGCUGAGCUCUCCUGCCAUGCUGUUAAUGUUCAGUUUCAGAAGCAUGAAACUCCAACCAGUAAAAACACCUCCCUCCUUCCUCCUGUUGCUAUAAAAUAUCAUCUCUCUUUAUAACAGAGGUGAUGCACCAUUCCAAGUUCUCACCCCAUCAUGUUGCUUCCUGUGGGCUUGCUUCUGCUGCUGAAAGCCUCCAGCAAAUCCCAAGGGCUGGGAAGAGAGUUGGUUAGUGGCUUGUGCCUGUUAUUAGGGAACAGGGUUGAAUACCUGGACUGAGUGUGCUGUGCUUCCUGUCAGCAGCCUGGGGGCAGCUUGCGAGGAGGAAAUGGUGUUCUGAGAUUUUCUUUCACUUGUAUUAAAAUAGCAAUGAAUUGUUAGUGCCCUUAGACUGUGGAGGUAUGACUGCAAGAAAUGCCCAGGGCAGAGGGAGAGCUCCUGACCUGCUCAAAUAAGUUCAGUUUUCUCAAGACUCCUUUUCGUGCUGGAAAUAUCCUUGGGAUGCAUGUGAAGAUAGUGGUGUGAUUGGAGCUCAAACUCUUAUUGGAGAACUCUGAAGUCCUCUUAUUUACUGUGCUUAACCACUGAAGUGCCACUCUGGCAAUUGAUUUUCACGUGUCUCUGAGUGUGUUUCUUCUCAAAUACUUCAGCACAGAUGGAAAGCUACUCUUUCUGCUUCCCCCGCAUUUCCACUUACUGGUUUUGCUGAGUGGGUGUAUGAAUUUUAUGAAGCAAAAAGGGAAGAAUUCAAAAAAGCAGAGAGCAGUGUUAAUGUAAAACGGCGCAGAAUGCUGUGUUUUUGCAUUUUACCAGCCACGCAUGUAAAAUUCACUUCUUCCUGUCAGAGUAGUAUGCAUGUUUGAAGUGAUAUGAGAAAUCUCUCUGCUGGAAAAAGAACACUGCUAUUGGCCUGGGAGGUGGGCGCUGGUGAGCGUUGACCGGCCCCUGUGCUCUCCUCUAGGUCGUGCCAAGCGCACAGCAGGGAUUUUCGACUUCUUCAGCCUCUUUCUAUUUUUUUUAAAAAUAGCGCUCCGUAACUGUGAACGGAGACAGCCUCAUCUGUGUCAGAAAGCUCCCCCCCUGGCAGACAAGCAGUCUCUGAGUUGAACUGUGGGCUUUUAAGUAAGGAAUGCAGACGGAACUACAGCUCCCAGGAGCCUGGGCGCUGUCCCGUCAGCCUGGAGGCGGGCGGAAGCUCAGAAGCGCGGGUGCACGAGGAAGUGGCGCCCAUCCCGGCCCAGGGCUGGAGCUGCUGCGAGGAGAUGGAGUUCUCCCAGCUGCUCUUCGUGAUCAGCGAGGCGCUGGACAGGACUGAGCUGGCAUCUCUGAAGUUUCUCAGCCUGGAGCACGUCACUGUAAGGAAGCGAGAAGAUAUUGAGGAGCCCAAGGCCUUCUUCCAAGCAUUACAAGAGAAAGGGAUGAUCGAGGUGGGGGACCUGUUCUUCUUGAAGGAACUGCUCUAUCGGAUCAAUCGGAUAGACCUUCUGGCUUCCCACCUGGGCUCCAGCCGAGAAGAGAUGGAGAGGGAGCUCCAGGUCCCAGGCAGGGCACGGGUGUCUCCAUUCAGGUAUCUACUCUUUCAGCUGUCAGAAAACAUCACCAAAGAUGACAUGAAGUGUUUCAAGUUUCUUUUGGGAAAAGAAUUACCAAAAUGCAAGCUAAGCCCUGAAACUACAAUGCUCGACGUUUUCACUGAGAUGGAGAAGAAGGGGAUUUUGAGAGAAGACAACUUAACUGUCCUGAAGACUAUUUGUGGAAAAGUGGACAAGAGCCUGUUGAAGAAAAUUGAAGAGUAUGAAUUAAACUCAUUUGGUGAAGGAGAGAUGCUUGUAACAGAGGGUCAAAGAAGCAGCACAGGAGCCCCUGAAGACAGUGCCAUGUGGCUGGCAUCAUCUGUGGCACCUGAUUCUCUGGGCAAUUGUGAUCAGCCUUCACAGCUUGAAGUUUAUAAAAUGACCAGCCGACCCCGUGGAGUUUGCCUGAUCCUGAAUAAUCAUAAUUUUGCAAAAGCCAGGGAAGCAGUGCCAGAACUCAGAAAGAUGAAAAAUCGGAAUGGGACAGAUGUGGAUGCAGGUGCUCUGAAAAAAGUCUUUAGCAACCUUCAUUUUAUAGUAGCAGAAUACAAAGACAGCACUGCAGAGGAAAUCCGUAAGAUAGUGAACAAGUAUCGGUGCAUGGACCACAACAACAAAGACUGUUUUGUUUGUUGUAUUCUCUCUCAUGGAAAAAAAGGCAUCAUAUAUGGUGUUGAUGGGCAGGAAGUACCUAUCCAGGAACUGACCACUUCUUUUACUGGGCAAAAUUGCAAAUCACUUGCUGGAAAACCAAAAGUCUUCUUCGUUCAGGCCUGCCAAGGUGAUGCUUAUCAGAAAGGUGUAACCAUUGAAACAGAUUCCGGGGAGCAAGAUCAUUCUCUAGAAACGGAUGCAAGAUUUCAGCUGGACUGCAUCCCCUCAGAGGCAGACUUCCUCUUGGGCAUGGCUACCCUGCAAGAUUAUGUCUCCUACAGAAGCCCAAGCCAGGGGACCUGGUACAUACAGUCACUGUGCCAACACUUGGAGAACAGCUGUCCUCGAGGAGAAGAUAUUCUCACCAUACUGACAGCAGUGAAUCAAGAGGUGAGCAGCAAGAUUGACAAGCAGAAUGCAGGGAAGCAAAUGCCCCAGCCCAGUUUCACACUGAGGAAAAAACUCAUAUUUCCUGUAAACUAAAUGGGAGCAGAGGCACUGAGCACUGCAGUAACCUGAAAACCACUCAUCUCAGCUGAGAAUUCAGUAAAACAUCAGUCUGCUCCUAGCAGAAUAUAUAUAUAUGAAUGUUUUUAUGAUAAUAGAUAAGGAAUAAAAGCUUUACGAAUGUAA